AUGGAAGAGGAUGAGGUAGAUGCGGCGUGCAGAGGCAUUAAGAAAAGAACUCGGACCGAGAAAUCCGAGAGCGAGGACGAGAACCUAGCAAGCAUGAAGGAAAUGCUGAAGAAGAUGAGUGACCAGAUGGCAAAGAGGGAAGAAGAGAUGACCCGAGAAAUGGCGAAGAGAGAUGAAGAGAUGGCCCGAGAAAUGGCGAAGAGAGAUGAAGAAACGGCGAAGAAAGAUAAAGAAAUUGAGCGACAGAGAGACGAGAUGGCAAAGAUUAAAGGGAACAAAGGAAAAAUUCUAAGCGAAGAGGGAAAGAGGAAGAAAGAGACUAUGAUCUUCGGAAGAAUGGGAUCUGUUCGAAGAUCUCCGGUCAGUGGUAGGGACCUGACCAAGACGGAUCUCCCAGGGGAGACAAUCUUGCAAAGGAGCUCCUCACUAAUGGUAAGAACAAUGGAUAAACUUACCAGAGUUUCAAAUAAUUUAGUGAAACUAAUGUCCGACCAUACAAACACGAAGGUCGAGAUCAAGAAUGAGGUAAAAAACUUAAAGAUAGUCACCAAAGACAUGAAGAGCAAUCUCAGACAAGUCGCCCUCGGCAGCAUUGAGAAACGAAAUAGAAUAGUAGAGCACACCGGUGAGGAAGAAACGACUAAGGAAACGGCAGGAGUGUCCACACAGGUCGGCUUCGAAGAGUUCUUUCCCGAAAAACUUAGUGAAGAAGAGAUAGAAAUGAUCGCAACGGUUCUGAACUCAGGAGAAAGAGGCUUUAAAAAAUAA